AUGGUGAAAGCAGCUGCCUUCCUCCUUGUGCUCCUCCUGGCCCUGGAGGCUCACAGCCUCUCUGUGAAAAAAAAGUGUAACCUGACUGGGCAAUGGAAGAAUGACCUGGGCUCCAACAUGACCAUUUAUGGAGUAAAGGAAAAUGGUGACUUCACUGGCAAGUACCUCACGGUUGUGUCAGACUCCCCAUUAAAGAUCAAGGAAUCACUACAGGGGUCCCAGCACCACCCAAGUCAGCUGAACCAGCCCACCUUUGGUUUCACUGUCCACUGGAACUUUACAGACACCAUCGCUGUUUUCACGGGACAGUGCUUUGUGGAAAAGAACCAAAAAGUUUUGAAGACCAUUUGGCUGCUGAGGCCAUAUGCAGAGAAAUGCAGAGACAACUGGAAGCCACCGGGCAAGUAA